GAGGAGGUUAGCGGCGAAGAUUUGUGAGAAUUGUAUAUUCGCGCGCAAUUGGAGUUUAGUCUUUAAGCUUCGCAGUUAUCGGCAGUUUAUCUGGCUGUUCGUUUGGGAUUUCACAAUUGUUCGGGAGUCUGUUAGCAAUAUGGAUCUUAAAGCAAAUGCAGAAAACAUGGCAUUCAAGAAAAGUCCUCGAAAAGUACUGUCUGAAAAUAUGCAGAAUGUGAGGAGACCAACGCCAAUGAUGAGCGAGUUAACCCUGAAAUCGCCACAAAAGUCGAAGGAAGAGUCUAUAGCGAAUAAGACCAACAUAGAUUUCGAUCCGGAAUUGGAACCUUUAUUAAAAGAGAAUCCCCGACGGUUUGUGAUUUUCCCAAUUCAGUAUCCGGACAUUUGGAAUAUGUACAAAAAGGCCGAAGCAUCAUUUUGGACUGUUGAGGAGGUGGAUCUUUCGAAGGAUAUGGAUGAUUGGAACAACCUCACAUCUAGUGAACGCCAUUUUGUUUCUCAUGUAUUAGCGUUCUUCGCAGCAUCUGACGGGAUUGUAAACGAAAAUCUUGUGGAACGAUUCAGUCAGGAGGUGCAAGUCACUGAGGCACGUUGCUUUUAUGGAUUUCAAAUUGCAAUGGAAAACGUGCAUUCCGAAAUGUACAGCAUUUUGAUCGAUACAUAUGUAAAGAAUCCAACUGAAAGGGAAUUCUUGUUCAAUGCAAUUGAAACGUUGCCUUGUGUUAAAAAAAAGGCAGAUUGGGCUUUAGCAUGGAUUUCUAGCAAAUCUGCAACAUUUGCAGAGCGGAUUAUUGCGUUUGCUGCAGUUGAAGGGAUAUUUUUCAGCGGCAGUUUUGCAGCAAUAUUUUGGCUCAAAAAACGAGGUAUUAUGCCUGGUUUGACAUUCUCUAACGAAUUAAUCUCACGAGAUGAAGGGCUCCAUUGUGAUUUUGCCUGCCUUAUGUAUAAAUAUUUAGUUCAGAAGCCUUCAAAUGAAAGAGUGAUUGAAAUAAUUUCCGAAGCAGUGAGGAUCGAACAGGAGUUUUUGACGGACGCAUUACCAGUGGCGAUGAUUGGCAUGAAUUGUACACUGAUGUCGCAGUAUAUAGAAUUUGUAGCUGAUAGACUCUUGAAUGAAUUAAAUGUUUCAAAGGUUUACAACACCCCGAAUCCAUUCCCAUUUAUGGAGUUAAUAUCUUUGGAAGGCAAAACAAAUUUCUUCGAAAAGAAAGUUGGAGAAUACCAAAAGUGGGGAGUUAUGUCUGAUCCUAAAGACAACGUAUUCACUAUGGAUGCAGACUUUUAAAUCGUAGCUUUAAGGAAGAGUUAUUUUAAAAUAAGUUUAAGUUUAUUUGUUAACCUUGCAGCACGGGCAAACUGCUCUGCUUUUCUCCUUAAUCCAAAAAACAAACUACAACGUGCUAGUUUGGUACGUGCUUCUUACGAGUGAUAGCCGAGAGUGUAUUCAACUAAAAUUUCACCCAUGAUAGAAAGUUUAUACCAGCUAACAAUGAACAAUGAAACGGACGUAGUUGCGAUGUAAGCACUUCUCAUAACCGUUGCAUUUGGACAUAAAUAUCAUAAAUAUAAAUAAUGUCAGCCUGAAGUUACUAGCUUUUUUUAUAAUCAGGUAAGAAAUGUAGAACGGCUUGCCUAGGUUGCAAGGUUGCUCUCACCGUGCAAACGGUUUUUAGUUUAAAUAUAGAAGAUACUAUUGACUAGGAUGAUUGUAACUAAGAGAAAAAUAUUAUUUUUUUCAAAGGUAAAUAUAAGAAAAUAUGCUUUCUUCGGAUAAUAUAGGAAAUAAUCAUAUGUGUCUCUUUUUCGGAAUUCUCUUAUUGGGAACUAAAUUGAAACAGAUUUUA